AUGAAAUUUAUUCUAAUCCUCGCUUGUCUGGCGCUUUUUGUGGCCCACAUUCAUGCUCAGCGGUGUCGCGGUCGUCUUCCGACAAACGCGCAAUUUUGCAUUGGAGGUCGAGAUGAAGGAAUUAGCUUUCGUCGCGAUUGCGAAACGAAUGCAAAUCCAAACAUGUGGUGGUACGAUGGUAGUGACAGAACCUGCAAGACAAUGUCCUAUCGGGGAUGUGGUGGCAAUCGCAAUCGCUAUUGCACUCGGCAGGACUGCGAGGCUAGGUGCAGACGUUAAUA